GGAGCCUGCCGCCUCGCUGCGCAGCUCCUCCACCUCCCGACGGUGCCGCCCGCCGACCGACUUCGCAUCUUCUCGGGGCCAGACAAGUCUCCGGCCGCCCAGCCUGCGGGCCGGCCGCCAGGGUCGGAGGGACGGUCUGCGGUCCGGGCCUCCCAGGGGAGGGGCCGAGUCGGGGAACCACAUCCACGUCCCGGUCCCCGAGGAACCGACGGGCUCCCGCGGCCCCGCCUGCCCCGCACGGCUCCCCCGCGUUCCGGAGGCGCCUGGCUGGUGCUGGGGCGGACGAGACAGCCACCGAGCUCGCCCGCCCCGCCACGCUGGGCCCGGCGCGGGCUCGGCCCUGACUCCCCCACCUGCUCUUCUGCCUUGUUACCCCCAGAGCGCGCGGUCCCCAAGUCCGGCACCCGCCAGCGCCGCAGCCCAGCGGGGAGAGUGGACAUGAGGCUGGCAGGCCCCCUGCGCCUCGUGGCCCUGGUGGUCACCGUGGCCCUGACCUGGAUCGUCGUCAGCAGCCUCCUGGGCGCGCCCGGCGGUGGCUUUCCGCGCCUCCAGCAGCUCUUCACCAGCCCAGAGGACUCCGCGACCGCAGAGCCACGGGCCAGGAAGUACAAGUGCGGCCUGCCGCAGCCAUGUCCUGAGGAGCAUCUGGCCUUCCGCAUGGUCAGCGGGGCCGCUAAUGUCAUCGGGCCCAAGAUCUGCCUUGAGGACAAGAUACUCAUGAGCAGCGUCAGCGACAACGUGGGCCGAGGCCUGAACAUCGCCCUGGUGAACGGGGUCAGUGGAGAGCUCAUCGCAGCCCGGACCUUUGACAUGUGGGCUGGAGAUGUCAAUGAUCUGCUGAAGUUUAUUCGGCCCCUGCACGAAGGCACCCUGGUGUUCGUGGCAUCGUACGACGACCCAGCCACCAAGAUGAAUGAAGAGACCAGGAAGCUUUUCAGCGAUCUCGGCAGCAAGAACGUCAAGGACCUGGCCUUCCGUGACAGCUGGGUGUUUGUGGGGGCCAAGGGGGUGCAUAACAAGAGCCCCUUUGAGCAGCACGUGAAGAACAGCAAGCACACCAACAAGUACGAGGGCUGGCCCGAGGCGCUGGAGAUGGAGGGCUGCAUCCCGCGGCGGAGCGUGGCCAGCUAGCAGCCCGCAGAAGGCCCAGCCCAGGGCGGCUGCAUGUGCCCACCUAGGAGGCGGCGGCGGCACCACCGCCAGGCAGGGCACAGACCCGUGCCCCACGUGGCCAAGGGUGCCCUCUUGCCCCAGUGCAUCCAGGUCCAGACCAGGGACUGGAGCGUGGCCUGGAGGCUGCGGGGCUGGCCAGGCAUGCCGCGGUGGGGAGCCCAGGCAGCUGUGUCCUUUUCCAAAAACUGCUUCCCCUGGCCAGCCCCCCUCAUCCCAAGCCACCCCAGCCAUCGGGUGAGACAAUGGCCCCCCACUGCCCGGCAAAUUGCAGAAUCUUCCAGAAGCUCACCUUGUUUCCAGUGAGAUCCCGUCAGUGAGCCCCACGUGGAGACUCUUGAGAGCCCUGGCUGCCUCCUGCCUCGCUUGGCAGGAAGGGGCCAUCUGGGGACCAGGCCAGCCCGGCAGCAAGGGGACCUGGCCGGGGCCUGGUGCCGCGGCUGGCGGUCGUCCUCGAUGACCCCUUGAUAAAGCGGUGCCCCAAUGGACUGAAGCGCUUUCCUUGCCGAGUCGGGUAGCUGGGUCGGG